CAACAACAGAAAGAGUUCUGUGUUUCCAUCCAAAGGGACAUCCUGAACUUCCUCCGAGAGGGUGAGCUUCCUCACCGGGACCGAGUGCGAGCGGUUCACCGGGAGGCUCAGUACUACGCCAUCGGCCCGCUGCUGGACAGCCUGGAGGACACGCAGCCGCUCACGGGGGAGAAGGUCCGACAAGCCUUCCUCGACCUGCUGCCCUACUACAGAGACAAUCUGGAGCGCAUUGUGGAGAUCGCCAAACUGAGGGCGAUGCAGAAAAAGGCUCGCUUUGCCAAACUGAAGAUCUGCGUCUACAAGGAGGAGAUGCCGAUCACGCCGUACGAGCGCCCUCUCUUUAACUCUCUGCGCUUCGAGCGCUCGGACAGCGAGGCCAAACUGUUCGAGCACCACUGCGAGGUGGACGUUUCUUUCGGACCUUGGGAGGCGGUGGCGGACGUUUACGACCUGCUGCACUGCAUCGUCAGCGACCUCGCCGAGCGCGGCAUCACCGCCGAGCAGCAGUGCAUCGGCGUCUGCGACAAGCACCUUAUCAACCAUUACUACUGCAAGAGGCCCAUCUACGAGUUCAAGAUCACGUGGUGGUGAAGCCGCGAGCCGAUCGGACCAACGACGUACAGAUGUUCUGUUUUUACGACAAUCGGCCGAUAUUGGUUUUUGUAUCGAAGUUGCCAAUAUUUUGUGCUGACGUCUUAAAACGUGACCCUUUAAUCAAACUUUCCCCAGUUUUCUUUUUGCUACUCGGAGGAUAAAUUAGGACAUUUAAGCACUCGCAGUGUGCCGCUGCGUUAAACUAAAGUAUAUAUAUAUAAAGUAUAUUUAUGUACGUGUGAAACAGCGCUGGUGUAGACGGACUGCUGCCGGUUCUUCAGAGGGAGAUUCUGUAACUUCUUGCCAUAAAUAACACAACAGUGUCUGUACUAAUGUUAGCCACCAGAAGCUGAUCAGACCGGAUAAAGUGCGUUUGAAGUAAACUUUAAGACUCAUUUCCUCCUUUAAAAGUUACGUUUUCUCGCUUUAAGCCAUCAAACCUUUUUGUUUUUAAACUUCAAAUCUAUUUUUUCCAACUUGCAGUGAAACUGAAGGUCUUCACCAUCCUGGAGGAACAGCAGAGAGUUGAGCUUCAGUUGUUUAUAUCCUGAAUGUAUUAUUGUUUAUUGAACUGCAUUAGCUGGUUGAUCAGUCGACUGUAGCGUUGAUCAGGAUCAAUAUGUGACAUUUAAAUAUUGAAUAUUGUAAGUAGGUAAACUGAAGUCAGGUCUGUAUAUUUUAGGACUGAGUUUAGUUUGAGGGUUCCUCACAGAGAACAUUUUAAUUAUGCAACCUCCUGAGGAGUGUUUCAGUCGGCUGGUAUCCAUCACGUCACCGGCUCCGGGGGAAAGAACGAGUUUGAAAGAUUCAAAUCAAACAAUUUAAAUAAUUCUUCUUGUUUAAUUCAACCUUUAUUUAACACUUGAGUUCAGUGAAGCUUCGAUAUAGAGAAAGAUAAGUUUCAUGUCGUUUCCUCGCUGUACCUGAUGAAGUCUGAGCACCUUGUGAUUGUAACCGGAUUAUUAUUUUUACCUCAAGUGAGAAUCUGAUGAUCUCCAGUUAUCAGCCUCAGUUGUUUUGGAGCUACGUUCUUCCUACCAAUGUUAUUUUAAUGUUUGCGAGAAUGUUUUUAUAUUGUUAUUUAUCUGUUUCCGUUAGCUUCUAGGAAGCUAUAGUUCGAUAUUUGGGCUUGUUUGUAGUGUUAUUUUUAUUAUUUAUGGUGAAAAUUAAAAAUAAAUUAUAAUGCUUUCA